AUGUCCAGCUACAAAGAACCUGUCAAGUUUUAUUGUCCCGAAGAAGGAUGUAUUAAAGCAUAUAGCUGCAGUCGCUAUCUUAAACAGCACCUUGAUAUUGGAAAGCAUGAAUUCAAGCUUACCGAAGAAUCACAGUUGUAUGAUCAAAUACGACAGAAAUGGGAGCAAAAAUGCACUUCUCUAAAACCUCCAAACCCCUCGUGUCCACCAAUGGUUAGCUCGGCUUCUAAUUCAGAAGAAGUACAUGUUCCUGAUCUAGUGACCGGCUGGGCAUUGAAAAAAUCGAAGCAGUGCAAACGAUUUCCACUGCACGUGAAGAGCUACCUUGUAGGGCAGUUCCUGAUUGGGGAGGACACAGGUAGGAAAGUGACGCCAGCAGAAACAUCGACACGAAUGCGUUCCAUGCGUGAUAGUAACGGGAAACGAGUCUUUGAUAAAGAAGAUUGGCUAACGGUACAGCAGUUCACCAGCUAUUUUUCAAGACUAGCGGCGAUGAAAAAACUUGGUCAGUUGCCACCAGCACCUCUAACUGAAGAAGAAGAGGAAGAAGUCGAAGUUGCCGUGCGUACGACCAAAAGAUAUGAUCUGCGUGAGAGAGUCUUGACUUUGUGACUUCUUUAAUCGGUCGAGCUAGAGUGUAUUUUGGGAGGACCUUGCGAUGACUCUAGYAAAAAUUUAAGGGCACUGGAAACUAGUUUCAAAUGAUGUCGCACAUGUAAUAACAAUAUGAUGUUGCAGCUUAAAACAUGAAAUGGUCGGCUUUGAAUGGCCAUAGUACCACUUGGAGGAUUAUAUUUGUUGUAUUUUGAUUUUUUUCUAAACAAAUGUCUUUUAAACUUCUUGUGUUGAAGAUAUAUAUCAAUAUCUAAAGACGUCCAGAUCAA